CUAAGCUGGUUGUGAGAUCAUUUUGAUCACUUUCCUCAUUAGCAAUAUGAGUCUUCAUUUAUCUGCAUUUGCACCUGCACCUCUCCCUUUGAUGAUGAUGAUGAUGCUGAUAAUGAAAAAACAAGGGAAGAGGUGCAGUUGCUUCUGCAGAUAAAUGAGUGUGUGGUGCUUAUUUGUUAUGGGACUUAGCUUUCAUAUUUUCUACCUGAGGUGGUACUGCUCCAUCCAGCUGCUCUUCUCCUAAAGAUCAACUCUCAAAAUUGAUGUCUGUGGUAAGAAUCAAUUUUUUUUUCCCAUUUUUAGGAAAAAAUUAGUCACUACUCUUCAUUCUUGACCAGGAAAAUUCUGCCUUUUUUUAUAUUAAGAUAUGUUGCUAAUGUGGGAAAGCUGUGUUAACCUGUCAUAUUGAGACUGCAUAAACUUAUGAGCUGUCCUCUAUUACUCCCUUCCGUCCAACUUAAACGUGCUCACAUUCUAAGAUCAACUCAAAAUUGAUAUCUAUGGGUAAAAAUUUGUUUUUUUGAGAAAAAAAUUAGUGAAAAUUCUUCAAGAUCCCUCUGAUACGUGUGUUGUGGUAUCUUUCUCCACCUCUUAAGUUUCUCAAUCAAUUGAAAGUUGAUGCCUUAUGUCGGAGUGGUGUUUUGAAAAAAGAAUCUAUAUAGUUAGCGAAGCCACACCAACGAGUCAAUUGAAUUUGUCUAGAAUUUCUUGAUUUCUAGAUAUGUAAUGAUAUCUUUAUCUGUCUUAUAAAUUUGUCUAGAAUUUUUUGAUUUUUAGAUAUAUGAUGAUAUCUUUAUUCUGUCUUAUAAAUUUUUUAAUUAAUU